AUGGCCGCCAAAGCAUGGAAAGCACCUGGAGAAGAUGGCUUACCAGCGAUGGUGUGGAAACAACUUUGGCCAGUGGUCCAGGACCGGGUAUUGCAUCUAUUCCGAACGUCAUUGAUAGAUGGAGUACUACCGGACCAGUGGAGGAGCGCCAAGAUCAUCCCGCUCAAGAAACCAGGAAAAGGCGACUACGCGAUCGCCAAAGCAUGGAGACCGAUCUCACUGCUGUCGACGCUAGGCAAGAUUCUCGAGGCGGUCGUGGCGGACAGGAUCUCGUACGCCGUCGAGACGUUCGGGCUACUACCCACAAACCACUUUGGAGCAAGAAAACGGCGAUCGACAGAGCAGGCACUGCCGCUCCUGCAGGAGCAGAUCUACAAGGCGUGGAGAAACCGCAAGGUGGUUAGCCUCAUCAGCUUCGACGUCAAAGGGGCAUAUAACGGCGUAUUUAAGGAUCGACUUUUGCAGAGACUGGAGGCUAGAGGCAUACCACAGUGGCUGGCCAAGUGGAUCGAUGCUUUCUGCUCAGAUCGCACAGCAAGCAUUGUGGUGAACGACCAUACAUCGGAGCGACGGCCGCUACCCCAAGCGGGCCUUCCGCAGGGAUCAACGCUGUCACCGGUCCUGUUCCUGUUCUUCAACGCGGACCUGGUACAGAGCAAAAUCAACUCAACGGGUGGUUCGAUGGCAUUCGUCGACGACUACUCGGCCUGGGUGACGGGGCCGACGGCGGAGACGAAUAGGGCAGGCAUUCAAGCCAUCAUAGACAGAGCACUGGACUGGGAAAGACGGAGCGGUGCAACGUUCGAAGGUGACAAGACGACCAUCAUACACUUCACGCGUAAUGCCGAGCGCACCAGCGACACGCCAUUCGUGAUCAAAGGGAAAGAGGUUAGACCGACACAAAGCGCCAAGAUCCUUGGAGUGGUGAUGGAUGCGAAGCUACGGUACAAGGAACACAUGGCAAGAGCAGCAUCCAAGGGCCUGUCGGCGGCCAUGUGCCUAAGGAGGCUCAAGAUGCUAUCACCUCAGACUGCAAGGCAGCUCUUCACGGCUACGGUGGCACCAACCAUGGACUAUGCCUCCACCAUGUGGGCGCAUGCGUGCGGGACAAGAGAACUGAGCUGGCUGAACAGAGCGCAGAAAGUAGGUGCCCAAGCGAUCACUGGUGCCUUCCGAACGGCAGCGACGGCGGUGCUGGAACCAGAGGCAAGUAUCCCCACGAUAAGGGAACGUCAUACCCGAGCCGGCACUAGGCUCUGGAUCAACCUGCAUACCCUACCAAAGACGCACCCACUCGCGGGUCUCAAGAUGUCAAAUAGCCGGAGAUACUUGUCUCCGAUGAAGAAGCUCGCGCUGGCACAAGAAGGGAACACAGUUGAGCGUAUGGAAACAAUCCAGGCAUAUACACUACCACCAUGGCACAGCCGCCUACCCAUCGGGUAUGACCUCGACCGAGAUAUGGCGACAGAAACCGCCAACAGGAUGGAGGGCAUCCUGGUGGCAAUCAGUGCCUCGGAGAAGGCAGGAAGGGUAGGCAUGGGCGGCAUCGUCCGUGAUACUCUGAGCAACAAACCGGGCGAGGUGGUGGCCAGGUACUCGAUUAUGAUCGGCUCCAGAGACGACCAGAACGUGUACACGGCAGAGCUGGAAGCUAUAGCGAUGGCACUGAGAUGCAUGCCGGAUGGACUCCAACACCGGCAGUUGACCGUUAUGACGAGCAGCCGAUCAGCACUGCAGGUGAUCGCGCAGCCGCAACAACAGUCAGGGCAAUGUACCGUCCAGGAGAUCCACAGGCAUGCCGAACGACUCCAGAAGAGUGGCAAUAUUGUCAAGAUGCUAUGGGUACCAGCCGGAGCCAAAGACUUCCCCGUGGGCAGCGAGGUAAAGGCGGAAGCGCGAAGAGCCGCACGAGGAAGACAGAGACCGGAGAAACCAACAUACCAAGUGCGUUCCACACGGAUGAGACUAGCGAUCGCACAGCAGCAACGACAAAAGACCUUGCCCGAUGGGGUCGGAAAGUACUCGAAGCGAAUCGAUAGGGCGUUACCAGGCACACACACGCCCCCUAUACGAUGGACUGAAGAGACGCGAAUCAGACAUGCUCUCACAGCUGCGCACGGGAAUGGCUAG